CAGAGGCCAAAGCCAGCUGUUGCUCCACACACACUACAAAACUUGAGUUUGUCCAAAGGAGGACAUUCCUGGGUUUGCAAGAACAAAUCUAAGAGCAGGGCAGAGCGUUGGCAUUCACAGGAAUCUCAAUCAAGUCUGGCAGUGUUGGGGCUCAUGGUUUGCUUUUUCUGUUUAUUUUGGAAAAGCUGCUGCUGGGAGGAGAAUCUCGUAAUCCCUUAUUUCCCAAGUGGUAUUUCAAUUUCCUUUAGAAGCAAGUAUUUUUUACUACAGUAAUCACAAGUUUUAUCAGAGGAGAACUGGACAGUGUGAGCUCUCUCGCAAGAACAUUUAUGCCUAAAAGACCCAGAACAUGAGGCUACCAGCAAAGAUUAUUUGGUUUUUAUUAUGGACUGUUUGUGCAGCUGAAGAUUGUCAAGGACCUCCUCCAAGACAAAACAUAGAGAUUCUGUCAGGACCCUGGCCUGACAAAGCAUAUCCGGAGGGCACGCAGGCUGUGUACAAAUGCCGGCCUGGAUACAGAACUCUUGGAACUAUCAUAAGGGCAUGCAGGAAUGGAGAGUGGGUGGCUCUUAAUCCAGCCAGGAUAUGUCAGAAAAAGCCCUGUGGAUAUCCUGGAGAUACUCCCUUUGGUUCUUUUCAGCUUGCAGUAGGAGAUCAGUUUGAAUAUGGUGCAAAGAUUGUUUAUACAUGUGAUGUGGGCUAUCAAAUGGUGGGUGAUAUUAACUUCCGGAUGUGUGAUGCAGAUGGCUGGACCAAUGAAAUUCCUAUAUGUGAAGUUGUUAAAUGUUUGCCAGUGACAGCACCCGAGAAUGGGCAAAUUAUCAAUACCGUGGAACCUGACCAGGAAUAUUAUUUUGGACACGUGAUACAGUUUGAGUGUAAUCCAGGCUUCAAAAUCGAAGGACAUAAAGAAAUACAUUGCUCAGAAAAUGGUCUCUGGGAUAAUGAGAAACCAAAAUGUGUGGUAAUUUCCUGCAUAGCACCACAAAUUAGAAAUGGAUAUUCCAUAUCUAAGAACACCAUUUUUAAGGAGAAUGAGAGAUUUCAAUACAAGUGUAACCAAGGCUUUGAAUACAGUUCAAGAGGAGAUGCUGUGUGCACGACCUCAGGGUGGAGUCCAGAGCCUGCUUGCGAAGAAAAAACAUGUAAUCCUCCUUACAUUCCAAAUGGUGUCUACUCACCUCAGAGAAUUAAACACAGAACUGGUGACAAAGUCACAUACGAAUGUAAACAUGGUUUCUAUCCUGCAACCAGGGGAACUACGGUACAGUGUACAAGUAGUGGCUGGAUACCUGCUCCAAGAUGUAGCUUGAAACCUUGUGACUUUCCUGAAAUAAAGCAUGGAAGAUUAUAUGAGGAAGAUAGAUACAGACCAUACUUUCCUGUACCUGUAGGAAAAGAAUAUCAUUAUUAUUGUUAUGAGAAUUUUUUUACUCCUUCCCUUUCAUACUGGGCUCACAUCCGCUGCACAACAGAAGGGUGGGAACCCAAAGUACCAUGCCUCAGAGCAUGCUAUCACAAAUACGUUGAAAAUGGACAGAAUCUAUAUUUCGGAAAAACAUAUUUACAAAAUCAGUCUGUAGAGAUUAAGUGUAAUCGUGGCUAUAGUCUUCCAAAUGGGCAGAAAAAAAUUACAUGCACAGAGGAAGGCUGGUCCCCUCCUCCCAAGUGCAACCUUAUCAAAACAUGUACAAAAUUUGACAUAGAAAUUGAAAAUGGGUUUCUCGCUGAAUCUGAUUAUGUAUAUGUUUUAAAUAAAAAAACACAAUUUAAGUGUAAACCGGGAUACCUAACACCAGCUGGAGAGCCAUCAGGAGAAAUUACAUGUCUGGAAAAUGGAUGGUCAGAUCAACCCAUCUGCAUUAAAUCUUGUGAAUUGCCUGUAUUUGAGAAUGCUGGAACCAAAAAUAAUCGUACUUGGUUUACACUCAAUGACAAGUUGUACUAUGAAUGCCACGUUGGAUAUGAAAACAAACUCAGACGUGCCAAGGGUUCCAUAACGUGUUCUUACGACGGAUGGUCUGACACACCCACAUGUUAUGAAAAAGAAUGUCCAAUUCCCCUCUUGGACAAGUAUGUGACUGUUACUCUCACAAAAGAAAAAUACAAAGUUGGGGACUUGCUGAAAUUCUCCUGCCGAUCAGGAUUAACAAGAGUUGGGCCAGAUUCUGUGCAGUGUUACCACUUUGGAUGGUCCCCCAGUGUCCCAACAUGCAAAGAUCAAGUCCGUACGUGUGAUCAGCCUCCUGAACUCCUCAACGGGGAAGUGACACACACCCUGAAGCAACAGUACGAGCACAAGCAAGUGGUGGAGUACAAGUGUAAUCCCAGAUUUCUGUUGAAGGGGCCAAGUAAAAUCCAGUGUGUUGACGGAGCGUGGACAACACUGCCAAUAUGUAUUGAGGAGAAACGAACAUGUGGAAAUAUAUCUGAACUUGCCCAUGGCUAUGCCUUGCCUUCCAACCCUCCCUAUCACCACGGAGAUUCAGUGGACUUCAGUUGUACCGAAACCUUCACAAUGAUUGGACGCAGUUCAAUUACAUGUGAUAGAGGAACAUGGACCCAACUUCCUGAGUGUGUUGCAACAGAUCAACUAAAGAAUUGUGAAAUACCAAAUUUUAUUGUAAAUUACGGAGGUCAAUUACAUAAGAAUGAAUAUCAACAUAACUUUAAUCUGAGCUACAUAUGCAGAGGAAAGUCAAAACCUCAGCACUCUGUCUGCAUAAAUGGAAGAUGGGAUCCGGAGAUUACCUGUACAAAAGAAGAAAAAGUUUCAUGCCCCCCUCCACCUCAGAUUCCCAAAGCUCAAAAUAUGAUGACCACUGUGAAAUAUGAAGAUGGAGAAACAGUGUCUAUUCUUUGCCAAGAAAAUUACAUACCUCUGAAAACAGACGAAAUUUUGUGCAAAAAUGGAAAAUGGCAGUCGUUGCCACGCUGUGUGGAGAAAAUGCCUUGUUUCCCACCCCCUCAUAUAAACCAUGGCGCUAUUGAGCCAUCGGGAUCUUCAGAAGAAAAGAAUCAAACUACUACGUCUAGACCAUAUGCACAUGGUACUAAGUUAAAUUAUACUUGUGAAGAUGGUUUUGUAUUAUCUGCCCAAGAUGGAAUAACGUGUCACAUGGGAAAAUGGAGUUCACCGCCUGAGUGCAUCGGGCUUCCUUGUGAACCUCCACCUUCAAUUUCUAAUGGUUUUGUGUCUCACGAACUGGAAAACUAUCAGUAUGGAGAAGAAGUUACAUACAACUGUUUGGAAGGAUUUGGAAUUGAUGGACCUGCUUUUAUACAAUGUUUAGGAAGAAAAUGGUCCACUCCACCAGUCUGCAUAAGGACAGAUUGCUUUAAUGUACCCAUCUUUGAAGGUCCCAUACUUGAAACACAAAUGAAGGAAUUUUACAGGUCAGGAGAACAAGUGACUUAUACAUGCCCAACAUUUUACUAUAUGGACGGUUCUAAUGCUGUGACAUGUGUUAAUGGGAAGUGGAUAGGAGAGCCAAAAUGCAAAGAUAAUUUCUGUAUGGAUCCACCAAUAGUUAAAAAUGCUACUAUAAUAUCAAGUCCGAUGACUAGAUAUCCACCUGGUGAAAGAGUACACUAUCAAUGUAACAAGCCUUUUGAAAUAUUUGGAGAAGCUGAUGUAAUGUGUCUAAAUGGAACUUGGACAGAACCACCUCAAUGUAAAGAUUCUACAGGAAAAUGUGGAUCUCCCCCACCUAUUGCCAAUGGGGAUACCACUUCAUUCGCUCUACCAGUAUAUCCCCCAAACUCACGUGUUGAAUAUCAGUGCCAGAACUUGUAUGAACUCCAGGGUGACCGGCACAUAAUAUGUCAAAAUGGAGAGUGGUCCAAACCACCCAAAUGCUUACAACCGUGUGUAAUCUCAGAAGAAACUAUGGAAAAAUAUAAUAUAAUUCUUUCAUGGAAAAAAACACAGAAGCUUUAUGCCCCAUCGGGGGAUUCAGUGGAAUUUAAGUGUAAAAAUGGAUAUCGUCUAGGAAAUCAGGCAUCAUUUCGCGUGACUUGUCGUGAUGGCCACCUGCGGUACCCUCGUUGUGUCCCAAAAUAAUUAUGAUUAGUGGCAAUGGUAUGUUUGGCUUUAUCCAGGACUUUUAUUAGUAACCCAAUUCUCAAAUUUAUUCUUAAGUAUUGUUAAACUCGUUUUUAUCCAUAAAUGAGAAUUUGGGUUCUUGUGUGGUGAUGUGUUGAGAAUUUGAGAGACCAGUGGCACCCUUCUCAAAAUAUUGUAUUCAGACUUGGCAAAUCAAAAUGCUGUGUAUUGAUUCUCUUCAUAAAAAUUAUGGCAAGAAACAUAA